UCAUUUGACAAGGCACAUAUUUUUUAAUGAGAGCCUUACUGGUUUUGUUUUCAUAUCUGUCUCAUAAAUCUCAUGAACUUUCAUCUAUCUGCACCAUCCAGGUUUGUAACUCUCUUUCUGCCCAAAUUUCUGUAUUAGGUGCAUGACCUCCUAAUAGCUGAGGAGGAACACCAAGUACGUCAUAAAGAUGUCCGAAACAAGAGAUCAUGUUGCUGUUCGAAUUGACGAUAUACUUCUUGACUUGCCUUUUACACCCUCGAAGCCUUCAAUCUUCAGAGUCGAUGAUGAUUUACGCAGAAUGAAUGAAAAUCUUUAUGAUCCAAAAGUACUUGCGAUAGGUCCUCUUCACCAUGAUAAAGAUCAACUACGCAAGAUGGAGCAGCAAAAAUUCAGGUAUUUAAAGCUUCUUCUUCAACGAAGAAAUGAAUCCAGUGUUGACAGGUAUGUUAUGGCAAUAAGAUCGUUCGAAGAAAAAGCACGCGAGUGUUAUGCUGAAAAUAUCGAAUUUGACAGAGAUAAGUUUGUGGAAAUGCUGAUUCUUGAUGGAUUCUUCAUCAUUGAGUUACUUCGUAAACACGGAAUCGAAGGUUUCAGGGACAAAGACGACACUAUUUUUCAAUACGAACAGAUUAUCAGCCGGUUGCGUCAUGAUUUAUUUUUGGUUGAAAAUCAAAUUCCGUGGUUUAUUCUUGAUCAAUUGUUUAGCAUGACGAGAACCGGAAAUCCAGAUGAUAAUAUCAACUAUCUGAUCCGUCUUUUUAUUGAUGAUAUUUCCCCAUGGUCCGAGGUUUCAGAAACAACCUUGAAUUUACCAAUCAAGAAUGAAGACCACCUUCUUGGCCUAGUAUAUAAGAUUUGGUGUUCAUCAUUCACCACGAUGCCAUGUAAACCUGCUAAAAAAACUGAAGAAGAGAAAAUUCUUACAGUAAAUUCUAUCAAUGAGCUGGAAGAGGCUGGAAUAAAGUUUGAAAAGGAUUCGAACAGUAAUGGUUUAGAUAUUAAAUUCAUCAAAGGGGUUAUGAAAAUCCCAGGAUUGCAUGUUUCGGAUGAGACUGAGACACUUUUCAGAAAUAUGAUAGCAUACGAGCACUGCUUUCCCGAUGAUCAUCCAAAACGUAUCACAGACUAUGCAUUCUUUAUGCAUUGUCUCAUUAAUUCCUCAAAGGAUGUGGCAGCAUUACGCCGUGCUGGAAUCAUUACCAAUUUUCUAGGUGAUGAUGGAAUGGUUUACCACAUGUUCAACCGAAUAGGCAGAUAUAUCCUGACGUCUUCUGAUUUCUGCUACGAACAAGUAUUUGAACAAGUGAAUAGACAUUGUGGUCAACGCUGGAACAGAUGGAUGGCGAACUUAAGGCAUAACUAUUUCAAUACUCCGUGGGCUUAUGUUUCUUUUUUUGCUGCUGUAUUGUUGCUCAUCUUUACAUUGAUACAGGCUGUAUUUUCUGUACUAUCCUAUAAAAAGGGAAAUCAACAUUUUUAUUAAAGAUUUUUCCAUGUUAUUGCAACAAUUAUAAUAUAAAGUUGGAUGAACCUAA